AUAACAGAACUCCUGAGCCCAAACUCCAAAUUCCUCUGCCCUCCUCUAGACGACGUCGCAUCAAGUCUCCUCCUUUCUUUUCUUGGAAAACUAGGCUGGUUGAUUUAGCAAAUGGAUAGUGAUUUUCAAAGCAAAUCAUUAGAAAAAAGUGACAAGGAAGCAUUAUUUGGAGAAAGUGAUGAACUAAGAGUAGGGAUGGAAGUUAGUGAUGAAUCUGAAGCUUACCAGCUCUGCAACACAUAUGCCUUUAACAAAGGUUUUAGUAUUCGCAAGGGGCAUCUUCGAAGAGAUUCGCAAAAUAAUGUCCGGCAACGAGAAUUUUUGUGCUCAAAGGAAGGAUUUCAAGUAGAUGAAGACUUAUGUGAAGCGAAGAAAGUGAGAAGGUUAGAUACAAGAACAGGUUGCAAGGCUGUAAUUCGAUUCACCGUGGAAAAUGGUAUGUGGAAGCUCUCCUACAUCAAUCCAGUUCAUAAUCACGAGUUUGCUAAGCCUGAAGAGCGACAAUUUCUAAGAUCAGGUCGAAAUAUACCAAGUGUUCGUGCAAAUAUCCUUGGCUCUAAGAGUGAUGGGAGUAUAAGAACAGCAAAAUCACAUUCAUACUUGGGAAAAGAGUUUGGCUGUGAUGAGAAUGAUAGAUCUACUAAUAAAGAUUUACCUAAUUGUUUGCAAAGGAGUAAGGAUGAAAUGAUAGAACAGAAUGGACAAAGCUUGAUAAAUUAUUUUAAGCAUAAACAGAUGGAGGAUCCAAAUUUUUUCUACAGUGUUCAAGUGGACCAAUUUAGUCGAAUCACAAAUUAUUUCUGGAGAGAUGGUAGAUCAAAGUUGGAUUAUGAUUGCUUUGGAGACGUUGUAUGUUUUGAAACUACAUUUCGAACCAACAGCAAUCUAGUUUGUAGUCCAUUUUUGGGAGUCAAUCACCAUUGGAAGAAUAUCUCAUUUGGUUGUGCUUUUUUAUUGGACGAGAGUGCUGAUUCAUUUGUUUGGUUGUUUGAAACAUUUUUGGAGUCGAUGGGAAAUAAACAGCCAAAAACCAUUUUCACGGAUGAGGAUAAAGCAAUGGAAAAGGCAAAGGCAAUUGAGACUGUGUUCCCAGAGACACGGCAUCGGUUAUGCAAUUGGCAGAUCUCCAAGAAUGCUACACAACAUCUUGCUAGUCUUUGUGCUGAUCCUGAAUUCAAGAAGCACUUCAACAAAUGCUUUCUUGAUUGUUUUACUGAAGUAGAAUUUCAAAAUUCCUGGGAUGACAUGAUUAAAAUGUUCAACCUUGAAAGCAAUUCGUGGCUGAAGAUGUUGUAUUCACUUCGAGAGAAAUGGUGUCCUGCAUUUAGCCUAGAUACUUUCUCAGCAAAUAUUGGAUCAAGCCAGAGGGGUGAGAACACAAACACUAUUUUCCAUCAAGUGUCUAGAAAAACAGUGGAUCUCGUUAGUUUUGUACAGCAUUAUGAGCUAAAAACAAAAAAGAUGCGAUUCACAGAGUUGGAAGAGGAUUUUCGUUUUAAAAAUGCUAUGCCUCAUCUUAGAGUAAAUAGUGGUAUCUUUAAGCAUGCAGCUACUGAGUACACUGUCAAAAUGUAUUCGUUCUUUGAAAAUGAGCUUAUGAGUAUUUUUGGGGUGAGGAUGGUAGAAGUUAGUAAUGAUGGCAAUCAAUAUAUUUAUGAAGCAAUUGAAGAAGGUCUUCAAAGAGUCUACAUGAUUCAAUACAACUGUACUACGUCCAUGAUUUCUUGUUCAUGUAAGUUAUUUGAAUCCAUGGGGUUGUUGUGCCGUCAUGCCCUAAAAGUACUGGAUUUUAAAAACUAUACAAGCAUACCGACACAAUACAUAGUGAAGAGAUGGACUAAAGGGGCAAAGAAAGGGAUUGUGGUGAGUAAUGAGUUCUGUAAGUCAUCAUAUAGAAAGGCCAAGUCUGCCCAAUCGCUGCGCCUAAGUGAGUUGAUGCAUGAAGGAAAUAAUGUUUUCAGUAUAGGCUCAUUGUGUGAUUCAGGAACGAGGAUUGUCAGACAAAAGUUAGCGGAGACCAUGAAGUUACUGGAAAGUGACGAGGAAACUACCAACAUGCUGGGAAGUUUGAGCAAAGUAGACGACCAAUCUGUUCGUGAUGUGCUUCUUGAUAAUGGAAGUGUGGAAUCCCCCAGUUGUGAUGGCUAAAGGACAAAUGCUAUAUUGAAAAAUAUAUGUUCAGGGUAUUGCUUACUUUUUGUUCUGAAAAUUGCACUUCAUUGCGUAAGAUGUUCAGAAAUGAAAGGUUAGAGUAUCUUUUUCUUCUUUGGCAGAAGCCAGCAUUGUACAUCCUUUUCUUUUUCAAGUAAAUCAGUGUUGAUAUUUCUGAUAAUAUAGUGGAGGAUAGUUGAUGAAGUAUAUGGAGUUCUGUAUUGAUAUUGAUGUAAGUAUAUUUUUCGUAAUUUCAUCUCUUGAAUAUUCACUAGACAAUAGACUAUACAAAACAGGUGAACUGUCUCAGUAUCAUCUCUGGGGUCAUCUUCAAUAUCAUCGACGAGCAUGAUCCUCCUCUCAGUAUUGCUGAAACCUGGGGUCGCAUUAGGUCAUUUUCAUGAAGUUGGUUUGAGAGGAUUAAGGAGCAGUAGGCGCAUGAAGAUAGUGUGGAGGUGGAUGAGGAGGCAGAAGCUUAGACUAAUAUUCAACAAGGUAGGGUCUCAGAAGCAGUUUCUGGUUCUGGGUAUGACUUUGGUUUACAGAGCCCAACUUCAAGCAGCAGGCUAAACCAGUAAAUGAUUAUCCACAACACAAGUCCCCUUGAAGUCUAUGAAUUACUAGCUAAGAAGCUUUGCUCUGCCUUAUCAAACUUUGAGUUGUUUUGCUGUAACCCCUAUAAUGUAAAAAACCAGGGCUUAAGUGAUCA